CCUUGAUUGAUGUUUGAUGAGAUAUCUGUCGGGGAACUAGGACACUCACCUGCGCUCUCAGGCAUGAUACUUUUGAGAGCCAAUGACCUCAGAUGAAAAGGUGAGAGCCCUCAGGCAGUCACUUCCAGCGGCCUACCUUCCUCUUCGGAGAUGUCGGCGAAAGAAGGAGGCUUCACUGGUUCGGCAGACACAGUCAAUCACAUCCCAGCCAUCUAUUUACGCAGGUCGUGAAUGAACUGCAGCCAUCAAAGGUUUGAUUCUGUGGCGAGCUGUCUGUGAAGUGAGUGUACCUGCAGCAUCAAGAGCAUUCGUUGCCUUGCUGUUCAGUGGGCACUGCUAUUGUCUUGUCGCGCUCUUCAUCCUCACCACGUUCGCCAAUCAAGCUGAGGUGGCCCUUCGUCAGAGGACAUUCAACUGUGAACUCUACACUCCGAUCGCGCAACGCGUCGCUUCAAUCAAGUUGUCUCAUACUCAACAUGGAUACCGAAACACCUGCUCAAACCGAAGUCCCAGUCAAGGUGACACAGCCUGAAGAUAAUGCUCCUCCAUCUCUGGCUGAGCCAGCUUCGGGCCCGGUUGCCGAGAUGUCGGGAGCCUUGCCUACAGAGCAACCAACUGAGCCAAAACCAGCUGAACCGACAGUGGAAUCUGCGAACAAUGCCCCUGAGUCAGCUACUGAGCCACCCAAAGAAGCCGAACAGCCCGCUGUCGACACAGAAGCCGCAGAAGCCCCUGCCCCUGCCCCGGCUACUGCUGAUACAGAGAUGAAAGAGGCGGACGAGACGGUGGCUGCAAAGCCAGAAACAAACGGGACCCCUGCUGAUAAGAAACCGUCCUCUUCCAGGAGAAAGUCAUCUGGUAUCACUGAGCACAAGGGCAAGAAGCUCAACAAGAAGAAGUCCAUGCCCAAGAUCACUCAUACAGAUGCCAAACCUGGUGAAUAUUACUUUGCCAGACUGAAGAGCUACCCACCUUGGCCAUCUAUCAUCUGUGAUGAGGAGAUGCUCCCAGAUAUUCUCCUUAGCACUAGACCGGUUACCACCAAGAAAACCGACGGUAGCUACAAUGAAGCAUACGCCGAUGGUGGAAAGAAAGAACACGAACGAACAUUUCCUGUAAUGUUCUUGCACACGAACGAAUUUGCCUGGAUCCACAACACCGACCUCACCCCAUUGAACCCAGAAGACUGCAAGGAUGUUCCAGAGAAGGGCAAAGCGAAGGCGCUGCUGGCAGCAUUCCAAGUUGCUGCCGAGGGGCACGACCUCGAAUAUUUCAAGAAUAUGCUCCAUGAACACAACGCAGCAAUGCAAGCCGAUCUUGACGCAAAAGAGGCUCGUGAGGCCGAGAGGGCCGCAAAAGCUGACAAAAAGAAGCGCAAGAGCGAGGUGAAAGCCGACACAGACGUUGAAAUGGAAGAUGCAGAAGCUGCACCCAAGAAGUCCUCCAAGAAGAGAAAGAAGGAGGUCGACAGCGAUGACGAGGAGUCUGAAAAGCCUGCAAAGACCCCUAAGACCACCAAGAUCAAGUUGACAACCAGCAAGACUCCUAAGACCGAGGAGAAGAAGCCCAAGGAAAAGGCUCCCAAACCCAAAUCUGAGAGAAGAAAGUCCAAAGCUGCGGCAGAGGACGAAGAAAUGGCCGAUGUUGCUGAACCAGAACCAGAGGAGAAGCCCCUGGAUCCCGUCGAGGCACGAAAGGCUCGUGAGAAAGAAGUUUUGUUCCUUCGACAUCGCUUGCAGAAAGGUUUUCUUUCCCGAGAUCAAGCGCCUCAAGAGGAAGAAAUGCCACAAAUGUCUAGUUUCAUCAAGAAGCUCGAGGGAUACACCGAUCUCGAGGUCAGCAUCAUCCGACAAACCAAGAUCAACAAGGUUUUGAAAGCUCUCAUCAAGCUCAAUACCAUCCCGCGCGACGAAGAGUUUCAAUUUCGGAAGCGCUCGCUCGAGCUGCUAACUCAAUGGAACAAGAUUCUCGGUGCUGAGCCACCUGAAGCUGAAGCUGGUACAGACAAGGAGGCCAAGGCAUCACCAGCCACAAACGGCAUCCAUGAUGAGAAGACAGAGGAAGACACGGCUGAAAAGGCUGGGGAGAAGGCUGAAGAGAAGACUGAGGAUAAGACCGAGGAGAUGACUGAGGAGAUGACUGAGGAGAUGACCGAAGAGAAGACCGGAGAGAGCACUGAAAAGCCGGCCGAGGCUGCUGAGACUACUGAAACAAAGCCUGCCACCGAACCCGAGACUGAGAAGCCUGUGGAGCUCACCGAACCAGCAGCCGAUCCAGUAGAGACGGCUCCAGCUGAAGACGCACCAAAGCCCGAGACGACUGGUCCUGAAAUUGUGGAAAAGGCGCCAGAGUCGGUUGAGGCUGCUGCCGAAGCUAAUGAGGUCGUCAAAGCCACCGAGUAGGCAGGUCUCAUACGACAGGAUCCGAUGCCGAUUUGGGGUCAUGAAGAAAGCAUGACGGUGAUCGGAGGCCGGAUCGCGUCGAGAUCCGGGUUCGUCUUGGGAGACAGGGUUGAAUCUGGGAGAACCUCCAGGACGAUGCGCGGUGUCGAAACACGAAUGAUUCAGCCAUGGUACUAUUAUUUGCUGUGCACACGAGCUUUCCUUAUCGAACGACAUAAAGGAACAUGGAGUGACGAAUGUGGGUUGCUGAUCUUGGGGUUGCUUGGAGGCAAAUGAAGCAAUUGGGGACUUGUGGUUUUUCAUUCAUUCCUUAGGGGCCCUGGCAAAAGCAUAGAAGCUUGCCUAUGUCUCAUUGAUGCAAGUUUUGAUGGCUUUCAGGCCUUCGAUGUAAAGGGCGAUAGAGAGAGUGAGCAUAGGUUUGAUUACGGAGAAUAUUUUAGGAAAAAGCAGGCUGAAUGGAAAACUCCAAAACAGCCGUUUUUGUCUCUG